AUGACAAUCCGUACAAAUAUCACAUCCCCAAUCCAAACCCUCCUUCAAGCCCUAACAAACCCCCCAAAAUCAAACCCCCUCGACGCACUCCUGGCAACAUUCACAAUCGACCCAGCCCCAAAAUGCCACGAGCAUGGCCUUCCGCAACUAGCUCCUUUCCUCGGCAGAACAUUUACGGGCCAGAAUGAUAUAGCUACCUACUUCAAUCUCCUCUCGACACAUCUAGAAAUCCACAAUAUGGUCUUCGAACCUGAAGAUGAGUGGGCUGUUGAUGAAAGCCGUUUGGCUGUUUGUUUGCGGGGAAGGGCUACGUUUGCUUGGAAGGGGACUGGCCAGGCUUGGGAUGAGACUUUUGUGUAUCGCAUUAAGCUUGCGGAAGAGUUGUCCCUGGCACAGGGCAAGAAGGGUGCUUGGAGGGUUUGUGAGUAUUUCGUUUGGGCGGAUACUGGCGCUGCUUAUCUUGCUCGGCUGGGGAGGCUGGGGGAUUUACUUGGGGAUCAGAUUGAGGGUGGAAAAGGGGGCAUUUAUCUUGACUAUGAUGCUAAGUCUCAGAAGUCCUAG